GGUGCCGGGGCUCUCCAGUAUCCGGGCUGUUGCCGUACCCAGGAGCUGGGCAGCGCCUCCCGGGCUGUAGCCGCGUCCCCGCAGCCCCGGGCGCUGCCAUGCCAGCGCAGCAGAAGAAGCUCAUCUUCUGCACGGCCGGGCUGCUGAGCUUGGCGUGCGCGCUGGGGACGGCGGCGGCCGUGGGCAGGCAGCUGUGGGUGAGGGGAACAUUGCUCUGCUCCACCGGGGCUCUGCUCGUCAACGCCAGCGGCCCCGAGCUGCACAAGUUCAUCGGCGACAUCCAGUACGGGCUCUUCUCCGGACAGCGAGUGCGGCAGUGCGGGCUCGGGGGGAGACCCUCGCACUUCUCAUUUUUUCCAGAUUUGCUCAGAAUUAUCCCUGCAAGUAUCCACGUUAGUGUCAUUCUGUUCUGUGCAGUGCUGAUUGUCUUUGCCCUGGUGGGAGCAGGGUUCUUCAUGUUCAAUGCUUUUGGCAGCCCCUACGAGACUCUGCACGGCCCCGUGGGGCUGUACCUCUGGAGCUUCAUCUCCUGUUCCUGUGGUUGCCUCAUCAUGAUUCUGUUCUCCUCAGAGGUGAAGAUCCACCACCUUUCAGAGAAAAUUGCUAAUUUCAAAGAGGGAACUUUUACCUUCAAGACUCACAGUGAACAGUUUGCGAAUUCCUUCUGGACCAUCCUGGUUUGCUCCCUGGUGCACUUCCUCAAUGCCCUGCUAAUCAGAUUUGCUGGAUUUGACUUUCCCUUUUCAAAACCAAAAGACUCGGGGACAAUCACAGGAGCGGUUGACCUGAUGUAUUAAAAUGAUGGGAUUUAAGGACAUUUAAAGUAAAGAAGUUUGUCACUAUUGCAUCAACAACGACCAGAUGUACCAACUUGUGAAUUAUUAGCUCUAGAGAAGGGGAAA